GUUGGUAGAGGGAGGGGUGCGUGCCGAGAGCGUUGUUGUCUGUUGCUGCUGGGGACAGGCAGAGCUGCCAAGGUCGGUGAAAGUACUGCCGAGACCAAGACUUCGGCUCAUAACAUCCUGAAAAGUACUGUUGCCAGAGACAUACAGAGACAAAGAGAAAGCGGAUGAUAUAGACAGCAACCCAGGGUCCUCCACCAGAGAAGGUUUGCUGGAAUGGGUAACCUGCUAAAAGUCCUAACAAGGGAAAUAGAGAACUAUCCACACUUUUUCCUGGACUUUGAAAAUGCACAGCCGACAGAAGGAGAGCGUGAGGUGUGGAACCAGGUGAACUCGGUCCUGCAGGACUCCGAGAGCAUCCUGUCUGGCCUGCAGGCGUACAAAGGAGCGGGCCAGGAGAUCCGAGACGCGAUUCAAAAUCCCAAUGACUUCAUGCAGCAAGAGCGAGCCUGGAACUCCGUCUGCCCGCUUGUCAUCAAACUCAAGAAGUUCUACAGUUUCUCUCUCAGGCUAGAGGAGGCACUGCAGAGUUUGUUGGAGAGCCUGACAUGUCCGCCCUUCACGCCCACUCAGCACCUGGAGAGGGAGCAGGCGCUGGCCAAACAGUUCGCCGAGAUCCUCCACUUCACUCUGCGUUUCGAUGAGCUGAAGAUGAGAAUUCCUGCCAUCCAGAAUGACUUCAGCUACUACAGAAGAACCAUCAGUCGAAACCGGAUAAACAACAUGAACUUGGACAUCGAGAACGAAGUCAACAACGAGAUGGCCAACAGGAUGUCUCUGUUCUACGCCGAGGCCACACCCAUGCUGAAAACACUCAGCAACGCAACCACAAACUUUGUGACGGAGAAUAAGACUCUUCCAUUGGAGAACACAACAGACUGUCUCAGCACCAUGGCCAGUGUUUGUAAAGUCAUGCUGGAGACACCGGAAUAUUCGAGUCGUUUCAGCAGCGAGGACACACUCCUGUUUUGCAUGAGGGUCAUGGUGGGAGUCAUCAUUCUUUAUGACCACGUCCACCCCAACGGCGCCUUCAACAAGUCCUCCAAGAUAGACAUGAAAGGCUGCAUUAAAGUCCUGAAGGACCAACCAGCCGACAACGUAGAAGGCCUCCUGAAUGCCCUCAAAUUUACCACAAAACACCUGAAUGAUGAAUCCACUCCAAAGAACAUCCGGACGAUGCUCCAGUAAAGUUUGUUUUGUUUUGUUUUUUUGUUUUUUGGGGGUUUUUUUACAUUGAUGGAUAUGAAGAGGAUCAAUACUCUGACCUCAGAUAAGAUGUAUAUGUUUACAUUAUUUAAAAAGACUCGAUGUUAAUACUUGUGUAUUUGCAUAGUCAUUCCCUCCAAUCUAUUGAAACCUGCAGAACAUCUACCUUCUUCUUCUACUUUGCAAAAAAAAUAAUAUGAACGCGUCACAUGAAUUGCCUCUACUGUUAACGGCUGUCAGAGCACAAUUGAUGGACACCUGUCAGCCUAAUGUAACUGAGCUUUGCAAGCAGCACACAAAUGAACUUUAAAUCAAGGCAACAUAAAAAUGUCCUUCAGUGAAUCUUUUCAAUCUUUUAUUUGACAAUGGAAUUAGUUGUACAGGUUUUAGUGAAAAAUCAACUUGAUUUUUGAUGCAAAAUAAAUCUUUUUUUUUUUUGUUUUAAAUUCUGCCACUUGUAUCUAUCACAGUGACAAUUCAACAUGCAUUAAAACAAGUGAAGUUGUUUCCGUGUUUUCACUCGAGAUUUCAUGACAGAAUACAAAAUCAAUGUUAAGAUGGAGACGAGUGGUGCAAUGAAGGGCUAAAUAUCGAGAGCAGAUAAGGGAUUGACUCACUUGAUGUGUGUAUUCCUGAAUGCAUUCAGGUGUUUUCUGUUGCGUUUCUCUUUUUUCAGACUCCAACCUUGUGCGGCUAUUAAAACAAACCCACUGUGAACGUAAAACUUUGCACGUCCAGUGAGAUCCACUAUGUCAAAGUGUGCUUUGCUUAUUGAAAAGGCUGUGAUGAAAUGAAACACAAAAUCAACCCACCAAAUGUUUGAUUUAAUUGUUUUGUGGCGAUGCUCUGAAUGAUAGUUGCGGGUUUUGCCAUAAGUGACUUUUUUGUGGUUUUUGUAUUUAACAGAAAAUGGAUUUCUCUAAAAGGAAGACCAAACAAUCUUUUUCGUCUAAUUCAGAAUAAAUGAAUAUCUAAAUAAAUGAACUGAACAUGUUUUUUUUUAUGAUUUUUUUAAAAAAAAACCUCUUUCUGUAAAGGUUUCCAGUCUUUAAAAAAGGAAACACUGUUUAACCCUCUGGAUUUAAACAGAUUCACCUUGUCUCAUCUGACGAGAUCGACUCCAUUUUGCAAAUAUGAAUUUUGAUAGUGAUUGACAAAAGCACAUUUGAGUUUCAAACUACACCCAGGAUCAUUUCAGAUGCUCAGCUAACAGUUUUCACACUUCAGAUUUUUGCCUGAAGUUUGUCUGCUGACAUGAGAGUCAUCGUCCCUCGUUCUGCUAACGUAACGCUGUGGAUGUUCCUGAUAGUUCACUUCCUCAGCGUGCAACAGCCGCUCUUAACAAGCUAACAAAGUCGGACAAUCUGAUCAUCUGUGACUGCUGCGAAGCUAUUUUUAGUUAAAUUGUGGCUCAUUUUUAUCAAGGAAUUGAGGAGAUUUCUUAAAUUUUGCCAUCUAAUCUAUUAUUAUAAUAACUGCAUGACUUGGCCUCAUCACCACUCCUGUCUGUGGUUAUCACGGAGAAAGAAAAAAAAAAAGAGACUUAACCUGUGAAACCCAUAAAGACAAUAUUCAGAAUCCGAAAUACUUUAUUGAUCCCUAGGGGAAAUUGGGUCCAAUUCUGUCGAAUUACCUUUAUUUCAUCCAUAAGCCAUAUACUGCAUGUAAUGAAGCAUACACAUUAACCCAUAAAUUAACUUUAAAUUAACAUCAGGUAUUUAUCAUUAAGUCACUUUUUUUUUGUUUAUUUUUUUUUUUUUUAUCCUCUUGUAUUUGGUAAUAUAUACGUGUGUGAGAGCCAUACUUUGAAUGCAAUGUUUUUUUUAUAUGCAGUGAGUGAAAACUGUAUGUGGACGAGGUGUGUGUAUGAUGCAGAUAUUUCAUAUUUGACUUGAGAGACUUUUUUUUAAAAAGAAAAUCCCAUCAUCCGUCAUGAUUGAUGCACACAAAGCUUCCCUCGUUGCCCAAGAUAUGCUACUGUGUGUUUUGUUGUUUUGAAUGCUGAGGCUAAAUCAGUUUGUUCUUUUUGUCUCAAAGUGACAGUUAUUGUUUAAUGUUUUUGGAGUUCAGCGUCACUGUUUAUAUAAAUUGUUCUGGCUUUGUAUUGCAUAUUGAAUGGGAUGUGUGGAUUGGAUAAUAAAGGUGGUACAUUUCUUAAACAGA